CCGCAAUUACAUAAACUGGUAAAAGAUAAUUUGAAUUUCGUUUUGUAGAAUUAAGGUAGCUGAACAAUUUACAUAGACAUAAUUGUUAUAAAUAUAAGGAAUAAUUCCCAAAAAUAUCAGUUUAUGCAACUCCUAAUUACUUCUGAGUAACAUUGAAAAAUCUAUGGAAUUGUUUUUUAGUAAACCAAAAUUAAUAACGUGACGGAUAGUGAAUGUGUGGUUGCAUAACAUGCGAGAGGUAAUUUAAGCUUCCUUUCGUAGAAUUCAGGGAGCGGAACAAUUUACUCUCUUGGACUGAUGUACACAAACACAAGUGUUAUAAAUAUGUGGAAAAAUUUGAAAAAAUAUUUUAAUGCAAACCACAAUUGCAUCUGAGUAAUGUUGAAAAAUCCGUGGAAUUGUUUUUUAAUAAAGCCAAAUUUAUAAUCGAAGCGAUAGUGAAUGUGUGGUUGCCUGACACACAAGAGGUAAUUUGCAACUCAUAAUUGCAUCUCAAUAACGUAAAAAAAUCAGUAGAAUUGUUUUUUAAUAAAGCCAAAUUAAUAACCAGAUGAAUCGUAAAUGUUUGGUUGCAUAACACGCGAGAGGUAAUUUGAACUUCCUUUCUUAGAAUUACGUAGCGGAACAAUUUCUUGGUCUAAUGCACACAUACACAAGUAUAAAAGUCAUAAUAAACAGUAUUAAACAUUGGCAUGCCAUUCUGGCUUUUUUUUUGGAAUAAAUAAUAUGUAUAUUAAUUUGUUGGCUAUUAUAAUAGGUUUGCAAAUUCCAACUUUAUACCAUUUGGUACCUAUGCGUAGUUAUAAGUUUAAUAUUCAACAUUUAAAAAUGCUUGCCAAAGGUUCCAGCUGAGCGCGAUUAUCAGAGGCGCGUCAGCAAUUUCGGCUCUGUGUAAACCAGUCUUUAGCCGGAAGAACUCGUUCUAAGGAUCCAAACAGUAGCUCAACAAAACAAAAACCAACGGCACCAAGUAAAAGUGCAUCAACAUUAAAGUGUACGGCGACAGCCGGCAAAAGAUUUUUUAAUAGACAUUUUAUUUUGCCUUCUAAUUAUUUUUUUUAAAUAAGGAAAUAAAAGUAAAUUUUACGAAAAUAAUGACGUCGGAGUGUCCUCCGGUGUUUAACAUGUGAUUUGUCAUAUGUACCAAUUCCGCUUACCUUUGCGAAUUGGAAAGUUGUGCUCAAAUCAGCGAAAUCGGACAGACCCCAAUUCCGUAUGUGUAUUUCGAUGUAACCCAUCCCGCGUUACCCUUAAUGUGACCGUUUAGUGCCAGAACUAUGCCCGACACGAACGGUACCCAGAACGGCGCCCUCGAAAGUGGUACCGAGCUAAAGUCCAAUAAUCGUGUCCCGGACGCCACUGAAUCGGACCCGUGCCUGGAUAAUCCGGUAACGAAAACCAGGAAAUCGGAGACUUUCGAACGAUACGUGAGUCAGAUACAAGACAGGACCGGACUAUCGCGACGGGGUGUCUUCGUGGCCGGGGGUGUAGUGCUAUUGAGCAUACUUUUGGUGAUCGUGGUGAUCGCGUUGGCUGCCGCCUGGCCCAGGGUACCCCACAGCUUUCAGUAUCCAAUAUGCAGGGAGCCGGCAUGUUUGAGGGCCUCGGUUCAGCUUUCCGAAAAUCUUAAUAGGUCAGUGUCGCCGUGCGGCGAUUUGUGGGGGGCCGUUUGCGGCGGGUGGCUCGAAAAUCACAGCAGACCCGCCGACCGCAGCGUCUGGAACCAAAAGCAACAAUUAGUCAAAAAAGAACUGGAGAGAGUGAGAGACUUAAUAUCAACGUUGCCGGUUCCUUUGCACACGGGUACCGUAGAAUGGAAUUUGAAGCGUCUCUACGAGGCCUGUUUAGACGUGGACACUUUGAAUCAAGUGGAAGACAGACCCCUGAAAACCAUCAUUACAGAGCUGGGCGGAUGGUACGUGCUGAGGGACUGGAAUGACCAAGAUUUCGACGGAAUGUCCGUCCUGGCCAAGCUCCAAGUCCACUAUGGCACCUCGCCGUACUUCAAAAUUCACGUGGAGCCGAAUCCUCUCGACCCAGGAGCCUCCAGUAUCAGAAUUUCCCCAUCUGGAUUGGGGUUACCGGAUCGGGAUUAUUACUACAGAGAUACAGACGAUAGAAUUCAAGCAGCGUACAAGGAAUACAUCAGGGACGUUAUAAUUUAUUUGAGCAGCACCACAAACGAAGCGAGCAAAUUCGGUCAGGACAUGUACUCGUACGAAAGGAGGAUAGCAGAAAUAACGCCCAGCUUGGUGACCCUUCAAAACCCUGUCGUUACUUAUAACGCGAUUUCUAUUUCUGAGCUAAAGGCCACUAAUUUGAUACCGUUCUACGACAUACUCCAAGCGAUGUACCCCAACGCCAACAUUUCCGAAAAUACCGAAGUCUUAGUGACGUCAUUGGAGUACUUGAAUCAAGUUGCGCAGAUUAUUGCCUCGACGGACAGAAGAACGAUGAACGGAUAUCUGAUUUGGACUUUGGUCCGGAAGUAUGCACCGUACUUGUCGGAGUCUUAUACCUCGGCAGUGGAUAUUUUUCAUUCUAAAUUAUUGGGGGUGUCGAAGGCUCGGAAACGGUGGGAAAUAUGCUCCCAGCUGGUUAGAGACCAUAUGGGUCUGGCGACGGAAUAUUACUUCGAGAAAAAUAGGCCCAUAAGCGCGGAGACCUACGAUGUUGUCAACGACACGUUUAAUGUUAUCUUGGACGUCGUCAAAGAGAGGAUCCGCCAGUUUGACGGUACGGAUUUGCUCUAUCAGCAGCUGAAAUCUAAACUCGACACGUUGCAUCUUCAAAUAGGCCUUCCCGAUUCUGCCAGGGCCGCCCUGUUCCUAAAGGACUACUACGCCCCUCUGAAAAUCAUCAAGGGUUACUUGUUCGAGAGCGUCAAAAACAGCGUCGAGUUCCAAAAGAAGGUCGAGCAGAAAAUGCUGCUCAAGCAACUCCUCGAAUCCACCGUUCUGGAGCCACUUUUCCGGGAGGUCCCCCAGGUGACCUACUCAGCACCGAACAAUCUGAUCAUCGUGCCCAGGAGUUUGGUAUCGGACCCUUACUUCGAGGCUGGCUUUCCGAAACCCGUAGUUUACGGACGGUUGGGGGUGGAGCUCGCCGAAUCAGUGGUCUCGUCGGUGUUGCCGUACGGCAGUUCGUGGACGUCGGAAAAGAAGAUCCUGUCGCCCUUCCACAUGACCGUCAACGAGUCUUUUAAGGCCGCACUGCCGGCGGUAAAUUGCCUGGCCGAGUUCGUGUCAGAUUUAAAUUUGGACGUUUCCGUUGACAGAGCGAACGAGACGGGACUGACGCUCUUGAAAAAACUGUCCGCGGUCAGCGUGGCCUACGAGGCUCUAUUAAAGAAAACUCAAACGCUGAGUCACAUACAUCAGCCCGGUUUAGAAGAAUUCGAGGACGCAGCUUUGUUCUUCUUGUCAUACGGACAGUCCCAAUGUUCGAAUUCGACGAGUCAACACCAAUUGUAUGACAAUAUGAUUCAUUUUAAUUUGCCUCAGAAUUCAGUAUUACAUUUGGCGUGGGCACAAUUACCAUAUUUUCCGGAAUCCUUUCAGUGUUUACCCAACAAGAAAUUACGGUGUCCUGGUAUUUUUUAAGUCUGCCGAACAACUUUUUUUUAUUGACGAAAGCAAUUG